GGUGACUGUCACCACACACUCCAGUGCCUCCCCAGCCAGAAACACAGGACCCCGACUCAGCUCAGCCACCACUUCAAUCAUGGCUGCUCCCGAAUAAAACCUAGAAGAAAACAAGGGGGGCGGGGGUCAGAGGACCCAAAGAGAAGACCGAGGGGGAGCCGGAGGCGGCUUCAUUGCGGCCGCUGACACCGCCGCAGCGGGAGUGGCUCCUCCGCCCCACGGGGACGGCUCAGCUCGGCUUUCCCCCGCGCCGGGCCCUCCGGGACUUCACUUAGCGAGCGCCGCGUUGGCGCUUGGCUGGCGAGACCUCACCGAAAGACCGGGACCCGGGGCCAUCGAGGUCGUGGGGAUCCAGGGAACAUGGGGACAAGAGUCCCAGCCUCAGAACAGAUGAGCUGUGCCAAAGGGGAUCCACAGGUUUAUUGCCCUGAAGAUACCGGAGGCACGGAAGCUGUGCAGAUCUCAGACUUCGAGAGCCUGAAGGACAAUCAACCCCCAAAUGAACUGGGCUGCUGCAAUCCUGAGGGCUCUGGGCAGCUGAUGGCUUCCUAUGAGGGUAAAGCCAAGGGCUACCAGGUGCCUCCCUUUGGCUGGCGCAUCUGCCUGGCUCACGAAUUUGCAGAGAAAAGGAAACCCUUUCAUGCCAACAAUGUCUCUCUGAGCUACGCGAUAAAGCAUCUGGGCAUGGGCUUCAGGUACUUGCGGUGGUGGUACCAGAAAACCCAGGUGGAGAAGAAGACACCUUUCAUUGACCUCCUCAAUUGUGUACCCCUGAGACAGAUCUACGGUUGUCCCUUGGGUGGCAUUGGAGGAGGCACUAUCACCCGUGGCUGGAGAGGCGAGUUCUGUCGUUGGCAGCUUAACCCUGGAAUGUACCAGCACAGGACAGUCAUCGCUGACCAAUUCACAGUAUGCUUGCGUCGGAAAGGGCAGACUGUGUACCAGCAAGUCCUGUCUGUGGAGCGCCCGAGUGUACUGCGCAGCUGGAACUGGGGCCUGUGUGGGUACUUUGCAUUCUACCAUGCCCUCUAUCCUCGAGCCUGGACUGUCUAUCAGCUUCCUGGACAGAAUGUCACCCUUACCUGCCGCCAGAUCACACCCAUCUUACCCCACGACUACCAGGACAGCAGCUUGCCGGUAGGAGUCUUUGUGUGGGAUGUGGAAAAUGAAGGAGAUGAAGCCCUGGAUGUGUCCAUCAUGUUUUCCAUGAGGAAUGGACUAGGAGGUGAAGAUGAUGCCCCAGGGGGCUUGUGGAAUGAGCCCUUCUGUCUGGAUCGUGAUGGGGAGACAGUAAAGGGGCUGCUGCUGCAUCAUCGAACCCUUCCGAACCCUUACACAAUGGCUGUAGCUGCACGAUGCACGGCAGAAACAACAGUAACCCACAUUACAGCCUUUGACCCUGACGGCACUGGGCAGCAGGUGUGGCAAGAUCUCCUUCAGGAUGGACAGCUGGACUCCCCCGCUGGCCCAGGCACCCCCUCCCAGAAGGGAAUCGGCACCGCCGGGGCUGUGUGUGUCUCAGGCAAGCUGCCGCCUCGGGGCCAGUGCCGGCUGGAGUUCUCACUGGCUUGGGACAUGCCCAAGAUCACUUUCGGAGCGAAGGGCCAGGACCACUACAGACGGUACACAAGGUUCUUUGGCCAAGAUGGUAAUGCAGCACCUGCCCUUAGCCACUACGCCCUGUGCAGAUAUGCAGACUGGGAAGAAAAGAUCUCGGCUUGGCAGAGCCCAAUAUUGGAUGACAGGUCCUUGCCCGCCUGGUACAAAUCUGCACUGUUCAAUGAAUUAUAUUUUUUGGCUGAUGGAGGCACAGUAUGGCUGGAAGUUCCUGAGGACUCUGUACCGGAGGAGUUGGGGGACAGCAUGUGUCAGCUCCGUCCCAUCCUAUGGGAAUACGGUCGAUUUGGCUACCUUGAAGGUCAGGAAUACCGCAUGUACAACACAUACGAUGUCCACUUUUAUGCUUCCUUCGCCCUCAUCAUGCUCUGGCCCAAACUCGAGCUCAGCCUGCAGUAUGACAUGGCUCUGGCAACUCUCGGGGAGGACCUGACACAGCGACGGUACCUGAUGAGUGGGGUAACAGCACCUGUAAAAAGGAGGAAUGUCAUCCCCCACGAUAUUGGGGACCCAGAUGACGAGCCAUGGCUCCGCGUCAAUGCAUAUCUAAUUCAUGAUACUGCUGACUGGAAGGACCUGAACCUGAAGUUUGUGCUACAGGUUUAUAGGGACUACUAUCUGACUGGUGACCGGGGCUUCCUGAGGGACAUGUGGCCUGUUUGUCUGGCCGUGAUGGAGUCUGAAAUGAAGUUUGACAAGGACCAAGAUGGACUCAUUGAGAAUGGAGGCUAUGCAGAUCAGACCUAUGAUGGAUGGGUCACCACAGGCCCCAGUGCUUACUGUGGAGGAUUAUGGCUGGCAGCUGUGGCUGUGAUGGUCCAGAUGGCUGCUCUGUGUGAGGCACAAGACAUCCACGAUAAGUUUUCUUCCAUCCUCAGCCGGGGCCAAGAAGCCUAUGAGAGACUGCUGUGGAAUGGUCGCUAUUACAACUAUGAUUGCAGCUCUCAGCCUCAGUCCUGUAGCAUCAUGUCUGACCAGUGUGCUGGCCAAUGGUUCCUGAGGGCCUGUGGCCUAGGAGAAGGAGACACUGAGGUAUUUCCUACUCCACAUGUGGUCCGUGCUCUCCAAACUAUCUUUGAGCUCAAUGUUCAGGCCUUUGCAGGAGGGACCAUGGGGGCUGUGAAUGGGAUGCAGCCCCAUGGCGUCCCAGAUAGAUCCAGUAUCCAGUCUGAUGAAGUCUGGGUGGGCGUGGUCUACGGUCUGGCUGCCACCAUGAUCCAGGAGGGCCUGACUUGGGAGGGUUUCCAGACAGCCGAAGGCUGCUACCGUACCGUGUGGGAGCGCCUGGGCCUGGCCUUCCAGACUCCUGAGGCAUAUUGCCAGAAGCAGGUGUUCCGCUCACUGGCCUACAUGCGACCACUGAGCAUCUGGGCCAUGCAGCUGGCCCUGCAGCAGCAGCAGCAGAAAAAAGCCUCCAGGCCAAUAGCCAAGCAGGGCACAGGACUAAGCACUGAGCUUAAAUUUGGACCAAAGGAAGCUAUAGCAAACCUGAGCCCAAAGUGAGCCCUCUGAACUGUGGGAAGGAGGUGCCAGCAGCCCAGCCUCCCACCUGGAUGUCCCUCCUUACUCACCCCACCACCCACCCCUGCCAGUCUCCUGCAACCCUGAGCCACCAAGACAAUCACACACCUUCCCUUCUCCCCUUUCUCCCCACAAUCACCCCAGUAAAGAGGGGAUGAGGGUGACCAAGGCUUCAGAAUCACUUAUUUAUUUCCUCCUCCCUUCCCCUCACUGCAUGCAAUGUUCAAGCUCAGUUGAUUCCUCCAGGCCCAUUCAUGGGGUGAUAGAUGGGUACAAAUGAAAGAGCCAGAAAGCCA